AUGACGACCGCAAUUCCAUCGCCGAAGCCAUGGGCGGAUACACCUCUUGCCCCGAUACGCACCCCAGUGUUCCUCACUAAGAAACAUGACCUCUGGACCGAAGGGGCAAGUCAUAUGUGCAUGAUGCACAACUCCCUUUUCCGAGGCUACAAUACAAUCUACCAUCAAGCGUGUCACAUCUCAGAUGCGGAUAAGUCCGAUUUCAUCGGCUAUUGUCUGACUUGGCAUAAAUUCCUGAAGGCGCAUGCCGACAAUGAGGACAAGAGCCUUUUCCCAAGGAUAGAGGAGCAAUUGGAGGAUAAGACGAUUUUUGUGGAGAGUCAUAAAGAACAUGAUGCAUUCAUGCCACAAGUGGAGAACUUCCACACUUACUUGGCCUCCCUUCCCACACCAUCCUCGUUCUCGGGUCCUGCCCUUCUGGAAAUAAUGUCCACCUUUCAGUCGCCAUUCGAAGCACACAUGCGCGCUGAGGUCCAAUUGAUCGCCUCUCUUGCCUCUCACCCAAAGACUCCCGCUCCCGGAAGCAAGUUGGAGAAAACAAUCUUGGAAACAAACAACACCAAAGAAGGGAAUGCAUUCGUAGCAUCUGGAUUCACGGACGUGGUGCCGUUCUUCAUGUUUAACUUCGAGGGCGACUACGAGGAUGGCCUUUGGAAGGAUUGGCCGCCAAUUCCAGGUCCGGUGAGGUGGGGUAUGAUGGGGAUUGCAAAUAUGCUACAUUCGGGAUGGUGGAAAUUUGCUGCUUGUGAUGCGAAGAAAAGGAGGAGGGAGCUGUACGCUCUUGCGGGGUAA